CGCGGCUCCCCUGGCUGCCCCCAUUCAUUUCCUGGGAACGGCCGCCGGUGCGGGCUGUGAGUGCUGGGGCACAGCCCGGGGAGAGCGGGGCGGGCGGACAGACACACAGAGCGGGGACCCUGUGUCAGGGAAGGGAACAGUUUCUUCUCCUGCUCUGCCGCUUCUGCUCAGGAUUGAAGUGGAUCUUGGGACAAAUGGAUGACUGAAUAUUCAUAUGAAGAGGAAAGCCAUAAAAGACAUCAGCGCCUUUGAGAACAGAAUGUUAAUGCUUGAUGGGAUGCCGGCAGUCAGAGUGAAAACAGAGCUGCUGGAAUCUGAGCAAGGGUCUCCAAACGUCCACAACUACCCAGAUAUGGAUGCUGUACCCUUGUUACUAAACAACAUGAAGGCAGACCCCACGGAGGAUUCAUUAUCUACAGACCACUUCCAAACACAGACUGAACCAGUGGACUUGUCAAUAAACAAAGCUAGGUCAUCCCCUACAGCAGCUUCAUCUUCACCGGUUUCCAUGACAGCAUCAGCCUCCUCCCCUUCUUCUACUUCUUCUUCUAGUCGACCAGCUUCAUCACCCACUGUAAUAACAUCAGUGUCCUCAGCGGCAUCUGUACCGUCAGUAUUAACUCCAGGUCCUCUUGUGGCCUCUGCAUCUGGUGUUGGAGGCCAGCAGUUUUUGCACAUUAUCCAUCCAGUACCACCUUCAAGUCCCAUGAACUUGCAGUCCAACAAAAUGAGUCACGUGCACCGUAUCCCUGUGGUGGUACAGUCGGUACCUGUUGUCUAUACAGCUGUGAGAUCACCUGGGAAUAUGAACAACACUAUAGUAGUACCACUGUUGGAGGAUGGGAGAAGCCAUGUCAAAGCACAAAUGGACCCCCGAGGCCUAUCUCCCAGACAAAUUAAAAGUGACAGUGAUGAUGACGACCUGCCAAAUGUGACCUUAGAUAGCGUUAAUGAAACUGGAUCUACUGCGCUCUCCAUAGCCAGAGCAGUACAAGAAGAGAGCAUGUGGGGCUGUGCCAGGUCAGCUGUUAACCCUUUUCGUUUUUUCAACUCCAGUUCAAUUUCACCAUUCAGUAUUGAGAGCACAAGGCGUCAGAGAAGGUCUGAGUCUCCAGACUCCAGGAAGCGGCGCAUCCAUCGGUGUGACUUUGAGGGAUGCAACAAAGUAUACACAAAAAGUUCCCACCUGAAGGCUCACCGGAGAACACACACAGGAGAAAAACCCUACAAAUGUACCUGGGAAGGCUGCACCUGGAAGUUUGCUCGAUCCGAUGAACUGACGAGGCAUUACCGCAAGCACACGGGAGUGAAGCCAUUCAAGUGUGCAGACUGUGACCGCAGCUUUUCCCGCUCAGAUCACUUGGCGCUCCACCGCCGCAGGCACAUGCUGGUUUGAGAAACGCUACCUGUUCCAGCCGAGUUUAAGAGCUGGGUCUCUUAACUACCCAGAGUGAAUUCAGCAGGGCUGAAUCCCCCUCUACAGUGUUAACAGGCAGGGCUUUCCCUGGUGUCUGUAACAAAAAAGAAUAACAGAAAUUAAAAAAAAAAAGCAGGAAAAGAAGUGCCACUCUUCUCCUCGCCAUCUGAAGUUAACUCCGUCUGCCCCUCAGCAUGGCUAACCCUGAAAAUGUCAUCACAAUCACCUGGGAAAUAGCAGCCGAAAUGCUACAGGAAUGGGCAUUAUUUUACAUGCUGCAUCCUUUGACAAAAAAUGUUUAUAGCUUGUAUAUUUUCUCAGCUGCCAGACAUUUUAUUCCUGAAAAAUCACUGCUGAUUGGAGGAUUAGAUACAACAAAUCGAUGAUGAUGAUGAUGACAACGACGACGACGAUGAUGAUGAUGAAAGCAAGACCGCUAGAUCCGUAUUAUCCCAUCUUUUCCCUUGUUUUGAAUACCUUUUGGCCGGUGUCAGCAUUACACCUGAGCUGUGCUACAGACAAGCUGCGUGGGAGUAGGCAAGAAGAUUCUGCUGGAGAGAUCCUGCUGCUGAAGCUGAAGGGUCACUUAAUCAGACUUUUGCAAUAACGGUGGUGGCAUUUUAAUAUUGUACCACAAUUUGUCAUUAUGCCCUAGUGGACACCAGCCAUUUAAACUUUUAUGUUUUUUUUCCCUUUCUUUUCUUUUGUUUUUGUUGUUGAAGUCUGUAAAAUAAGCAAAGGGCAGCAGCAUCUCUGCUGAAAGUACAAUAUUAAGUAUCUCUAUUUUACCAUGGACUUAUAUAGAACCGUUUUCUGAUUUAUAUACAAAGAGCCCAUCUAAAAACUACUACUCUAUUGUCAAUGUGCAGUUUUCUUUCAUGCAGGCAUCCUCUUCCCCACAACCAUUAUUUGAACACGAGAAAAUAGCCAGAUCUUGUACUUGCUGGUACCAAGGUUAGUGGUGUAGCCAUUCGUGAAAUGGAAUUGAAUGUAUCAUCAGAACAAAGCAGAGAAGAAACGGCUGCAUCUCUUGCAGAGAAAAAGCAAUAAUGAGGUAAAAUGGCUCUUGAGACAAUAAUUUACUCCACACCAACAUAAGUGGGGGGUAUGCAGAAAUAGCAUGUAAGAUUUAAGCAUUAAUCUUUCUGAUGGUUUCACUGACCUGCUAGGUACCACAGUUAAGUACUUUUAUUUCCUUUAACAUAAUACUUGUGUCUGGAAAGCAUGAAAGAUACAGGAAAGAGCUGAUAGUUGAGGAGUUAGUGGAUGAAUUGUAAGUAGGAAGGAGAAAUGUUUCUGCAGUGGUGCUCUGCAAGACAUUAGGUUUCUCCGUGGGAGUUAGGGAAUAACAAGAUUUUGCCAGCUGUCUAGUAUGAUAUAAAUGGCCCUUUAUAUGGGUACCAGUGGCUGCCUCUGGUGGGAUUUUCAAUCCAAGCCUUUUCAGAUUAAAUAAAAGGAAAUUCUUGAUCCUUCCCAUACAGCCCUAUAAUUGCGAACCAAUUUAUAUUAAUUGAAUUAUAUAGGAAAGAGAAAAACUCUUAGUCAUCAGUUAUUCAUGCAAACAGAAUAGUGUUUUUCUGUUUUCUUUCCUCACAAAGAUCUGCCUAUUCAGCUAAAUUUGACAAAGAGGAGGCUUGGCAAGACUUUUUAAGUGUUGAGGUUUUCAUAGCUUAGAGAUGAAAGAUGAAUACGUAAAGGUCUUUUGCAAUGCAUUUAAUUAUGAGUAUUUGGUUCCAGGAAUUGCACAGAUUAAAGUUGUGAUGCCACUUGUUUGUUUUUAAAUGUUUGACUGUCCCAGUUAAUAUCUGAUUCCUGAAAUAAACAUAGUAAUGUUGGGGGGAUUCUGAAAUCAAGGUAAUCUUUAGGAAAAAGCAGCACAGAGUACCCUUACAGAUACAAAAGCAAUUACAGUUAAUUGAGGAUUAUUGUGACCGCGAUAAUACUUUAUAACAGCAUUCACAGGCCCCAGAGUUUGAUUGUCUUUAAAUAUCCUUAGUAUUCCCCAAUACUGGAUAGUUUAUCAGCUCUCUGAAAGAAGAACUUAGUACUGUAGAAGCUCAGGCUCCCCACUGAGUGGUCAGCAGAGAAACCCAAUACAAACUACUCACAGCCAUUGAGGGAAAAAUGCCUUGAUCAAUUCCCAUUGACCAUGUUGGUAAUCAGCUUCCACCAAAUUCGACAACAUUGUAGAAUCCAUCUCCAAAUCAGAGACAGAUCAGGGCUUCAGGAUGGACCACGAGGCAUUGCAGGGCAGCAGAACUGUGUCUUUACCAGCAGUGUUACUGUUGGUUUAAAAAAGUGGUUGUCAGUGUUGUGCGUGAGGUGCUUCAUGGAUUACGUCUGAGGUCUGUCUUUUGUGUACUUCAGUAUUGUCCUAUUCAAUGCAUCUGUCAUUGGUGUUUAGGGAAAGCAGUCAGGUCAGGUAGAAGUCAAUUGAUAAAAUUGUUUUCCUACCCAGGAACAUUUUACCAACUAAUUAUUUGAAUAGCAGUAAUUCCGCUGAAGAACCGAUGGCAUACAGAAUGCCUUUUGGAACCCAUGAUUUUUUUUCUCCCAUAGAUAAUUAAAUUUAUUUGAGCAGCAACUCUAGAGGGCAUUUUGCUAGUGUACAAGAGGAUGUGAUAUUACUGAGAGAGAUCAGUGUUUCUGAUCAGAGAUGUGUAACUGGGAGAGAUCAGUGUUCCUCUUUAGGCUUCCACUAUAGUCAAUGAAGAGAGAAAAACUCCUACUAGAGAAAUUGAGGCGCCUUAAAUUUCAGCAUUGAGCUUUGAACUGCCCGGUGGAGGAGCAUAUGUAUCACAGACACUGGAGGGGCUCAUCUCCCAAGGCCGAGGUUGGUCUGUGUGAAUCCUUGGUUUUUCAGCUUGUUGCCCAUUACUUUAUGCGUUGGAAACACUGCAACAGAAAGAGGGCCUGAUUUUAUUCAAGGAACCCUAAAGUGACAGAGGGUUAAAGCAGUACUUAUGCCAAGGGACACAGGCACAGAGUAUGUAAAUAGUAACAGAAUGAAGCCAAAAGGUAAAGGAGCGUGUGCUAUAUUUUAUUAUUUCACAGGCAAGAAGUAAAUCUUCAACCUUUCCAGCACAUGUGCAAGGGCUUCUCGUGGUGCUGUUACCUCCAGACAACUUACACAACCAGCAGUAGUCCACCACUGGGUUUCAAGUACCCAGUGUGGUUCUUGACAAGUUUCUUAUUCCUACCAGCACCCACAGACUUUGAUCCCAAAUACUCUGAGAGGUUGUUUUCUGUUUUUCCCCUUCAGAAAUAUUUUAAGAGAAGUUACUCUGUGGAAUGGAGGUGUUUGAAUGUGGAGCCGAUGUCCCCCAGAUCCUCAGGGUGUCCUUGCCUUCAGUGCCUGUGGUUCAGACCUGCCAAACUAAUGUGCUUGUGCAAAGACCUAGGGCGAUUGCUCCAGGGUAGUUUCCUCAAAAGUCCUGGUAUCCCACUGCAGGUCCAUGACAUUUCAUAACCAUGGCGAAGGCUUACAUCGUAUGUAGCAUGCAGAAAUAUGAGAUCUCAUCUUCACACAAUGUAGUAGGUUCAUCUUAAUUGAGCAGUUGUGAGACACAAGUAUAUACCAGUGUCCCAUUCUUCCAGAUAAACAGAGAUUUAGGCUUUUGAGUAAAGGAUAGGUAAUAGCCACUGUGCUGUGACAUUGCCCGUUACAGCUUGCAAGGGAAAUUGUACCGCAAAGUGUCAGAUUUCAUAUGUUUUCAAAAGAUUUAAACGGAUUUGACAGGAAAUCUCAGUAGCCAGCAUUAUAGGAAAAUGCAAUGAGCAGACAGCUUUGUUACAGGACUUUUAAAAUUUUUAAUUGUCAUUAUUUUUUGAGCACCUGUUAUAUUCAGCACUGUAAAAUUGGCUCAUUGCAACAGCAGUUUUUAACUUGGGGAUGAAGAUGCAGUAUUCCUUGUUCUCUCUCAUGCUUACAUAACUAAUUGAAUAGAUUUAGACUGACUUGUAUGUAUGAUUAUUUGCCGGAGUAACGUAUAACAAAAUUAACAGUGUUGAAAAUUACAUCAGUGAUGUUGAUGAUUGGGGUAAACUCAGCGCAGAGCAUGGACAAAUAGCUGGACAGCCUUUCUCCCCUUUAAUAAUGGGAAUAACAGUAAUCAUAAAUCUCGUUUUCCAUUAACCACAUUGAAAAUGUAUUCUAGUUGCCAUUUAUAAAUUUAUCUUCUGAUAAUAAAUGUUGUUUAAUGUAAAAAAAUCUCCUUCUCCUUUAUUGAAGAUGAGUACCUCAAAAUCAGAGUAAGUUUGAUUCAAUAUCCCACUUAUUUUUUAGUUUGAAUUUUGGUUUGGAAAGGUCAGUGUGUGAAACUGUAUCUUCCACAGCAGUCAAGUCUUAAGAUCAUUCAGUAAAUCCACGCUAUUCCCACAUGCUCAUCGUUACACUCAUGCAUAUAAACCCCAACACUUCCAUGUGUCUCUACCCAUGUGCGGGUAAUAAACAAGUUUAUUUAAAAUUAAAAUGAAAAAAAAUCAGAAAAGGAAGAAUUUUAAAUAAACACUGUUACAGAAAAUACUACCUUAAGAAACCGGCUCAUGUUAUUGUGUUGUGCCUUUGUCUGUGAUACAUAACUGGAGAAGUGCACAGAGAAAUUUAAAGAUUGUUCUCUUUUCACAGUUUUGCUGUAGCAUAACAGUUGCUGUGUAAUGUAUGCUAAUGACGUCAUGCCCAUUGGUACCUUGAAAAGGCUUAAAUUCUCCACAAUAAAUUAGGUUUUAGCAUAAAUAUGUAACUCUAAGGAUACUGCAUCUUUAGAAAUCAAAAUAACUUGAAAUUAUUUUACUAUACUUGUAACAGUUUAAAUAUUCUGCAAUAUAUGUGAUAGUGAAAAGUAUUUUCCAACUCACAAUUUUACAUGGGGUAUUAAGUAGAUUAAAUGAAGUAUAUUUUUAAAAGAUCCUUUAGUUUUCAUUGGGAAAACUGGUAAGAUAAUGCUUUGCAAAGCUUACUGACAAAACACAAGAAGUAAAUUGUUCUGUUUUAUCAGAGCAUGUUUUCUCUGCAAAAUGGAGUGGCCACUUCUUUGCUGUUUUGCAGGUGGCGUGAGAUAUAGCAAAGUCACACUGAGUCAUUCAGUGUCAAAUAAGUCAACACUCCAUGUCUUUGACUGAAUAAAGGUAAAAACCACUUAAUCAAAAUGAAAACCAUAGGGAAGGUUUGGGGGUUUUGUGAUUUUUUUUUCCUUAUGGUAUUUUACAGUGAACUCCAGGUACAGUAAUGGCAAGUGCUCAUAGGAUUUUAUUUUUUCUUGUAUUUCCCUGACUACAAUGCAUCUUCAUUAAAGGUUGCAGAGCUGAAAUAGGCAGCUGCUUUUUGCUGAUUCGGGGGGAGUUUAGUCUUCUAGGUGCAGUAACAUGUCAAGAAAAUUAAUUGUAGCAAGACGGUUCUGACAUUUAAAGUACACAUACACUUCAGUGAGAUAGCCUAAAAUCUAUUUUAAAAGGUGAAACAGAAACUGAAAGUGCCUGUAAUUAGAACUGAUGGGAUGUUCCUAUACUUUUACACAGCAAUAACUUAAUGGGAUUCUGUUAAUAGUAAGGUGAAAAUUAAAUUUUACUUGGAGAACAAUAAUGCAGCACAGAAACAAACACAAAGUGCCAUUUGUAUGUUCACAUGUUGAGAUACUGUGUUAAAGGUUUUAGUUAUUUUCUCAGAUAACAUCUGUCAUAUAUUUGUAAGAAGAAAAUAAAUCUUAGUUUACAAAUGACUCGUAGCUGUAUCGAUUCUCAGUAGGUGUGAUUGGAGGUCGUUGUCAAGCAGUGUUUUAGGGGAUUUCUUCCUAUUUUAUGUUGGAUGUACCCACGUAUCCAGGGUAUUCUCUAGUGAAGUAAUCCAAAAACCAGCAAUAAGCCCAAUGGAGGUUUUUUUAGGGAAUAUGAUAGAACAGGGAUUCUCUUGAAAAAUCAUUUGCAUUGGACUCUGGAAACACAGAGUUCACCUUAUGUUACCUUUCUAUUCGUCAUGUAGUGCUCAUAGUAUUUAAUAUCAUCUUAGAAAUGGUUGACUUCAGGAGUGGACAAAAUAUAUAAUUUUUCUUUCUUUUGGGGACAAGUGAGUGAAAAACAGGACUGUCAGUCUAGAGACUAUUUGAAUAGCAAACAAGAAGUUGAUAUUCCUAAAAUGAAGUGUGGAGAUUUUUAUAUUGGGUGGCCUAAACAUUUGCAUCACUAGACUAAUUGAUCUUACCAGUAAAUGGCCAUUUGUGAUUCUUGCACUCUAUUUUUUCUCAAAAAAAUUUUUUUGUAGAUAUUAACUACUGCUAAUGGAUUCUUAAAAUGGCAGUGUAAUGCCAGCCCUCAUGCUUCUUUUAUUUCUAAAAAUUAAUUUAUUGAAGAUGAAAAUGUAACUGAUUGUCCUAAUGCCUUCGAGAAGGAAGAUUGCUUUUUGUCGUCUGAAUUUGUACCUGUCAUUUAUCCAGGCAGAAUUUUGUAUUUGAAAAAUGCAACAUUUUAUCUGGACUUUCACUGCCAUCAGUGGGUUGCUGCUGGAGUCUCACUGAGGCAGAAUUGUGUGUGACAAAGAUGCUUAUAUACAGAUAAAAGUGCAGGUGCAAAAAAAAAAAAUGAAGCACAUGAACCCACAUGUAAAA